UUAGAAUUUUAUUUUAAAAAUCAGAGUAACAUUUAUUAGAAAUUAAUUUUUAAUUUUUUAAAAAAUAAGAUAGAAUAGUCUUUAUAAUUUUUAAUGAGUAACCUGUGAAUAUUAGAAAUUAAUUUUAGAAAUAAGAGUAACAUUUAUUCAUGACAAAUGCUUGUAGCAAUGACGACAAUGGAUUUGUCGUUUGUGAUACGGUUUGACGGUAGCAUUGUAAACUCUCCCCGCGGAGUAGAAUAUUUUGGGGGUAGUUAUGUGCAAGUGCCGUUGACUGGAAGAAUAAAUUUCCAACAGUUGAUUGAUAUUUGUGGAUCGGCAAUAACCAGUGCUGUGGGCCCGGUGGAGAUCAGUAAGAUAUAUUUUCGGGUUCCUCAUUUUCAAGGGGAACAAAUAUAUUCCUAUUCCUUGAUGGAUGUCCAGGGCGAUCCACAUGUAUGUGCUAUUCAGACUGAGGCAUGUCGCAUGCCAGCACUAAGAUUUUUAGAGUUGUACGUGGAGUACCGCAAGGCGAUUCUUGAAGAUAUUUCUAUUGAUCAACUGCAUAUAUCUGCUUCUAGUGAGUCGGAGAGGGACAGUGAGGAAGAAGGAGAACACGAUCACUACGAUACCGAAGUGGAGAAUAUGGAAGACAUACUCAUUGCUGCUGAACCUAGUAAUACAGUGUACCAGUCCCGACUGCCGGCACAUGUUAGACGUGUAGAUCUCGAAGACUUCGACGUCGACUUGGACUCAUGGGAAAAGCAGAAGGUUGAGUGGGAGAGGGGGAUGGAGUUUGAAGAAGGGAUGACUUUCUCGAGCCGAGAUGCUGUUCGGGCUUGUGCUGUUACCUAUUCGGUGGACAAUGGAAGAGAGUUUCAGAGUUGUCGGACGACGCUGAAAACGUUGGUUCUCGUUUUCAAGCACAAAGAGAUAUGCCCAUGGUGGCUGCGUGCCACACUUCUUAAGAAAACCAACACAUGGACGUUGACAAAAUACAUCGGGCCACACAUAUGCGAUAUGCAAGUGUCAGUUCGUCACCACCGAAAUUUUGGGAUUGCUCAGAUCGCCAAUUAUAUUAAGACGCAAGUGCUAGGUCAGCGUGACAUACGGAUCAAGACGUUGAUUGCGGGACUACUUGAAUUUACCGAAGUAGCUCUUCCGUAUAAAAGGGUGUGGUACGGCAAAGAGAGGGCAAUCUGCAGCGUUUAUGGGGACUGGGAAUACAAUUACAGUCAACUGACAAAGUUCAUGGAAAAUGUGGUGAAAGUGAAUCCUGGAUCGUUCUGGCAUGGCGAAGGCCCAAUAUCCGAGUGUGGCGGGCUUCAAUGUCGAAUUUUCGAACGAAUGUUCUGGACGUUCUUCCCGAUGGUGGACGGAUUUCCGUUUUGCAAGCCAAUUCUAUUCAUCGACAGCACCCACUUAUACGGAAAAUAUAAGAUGCACAUGUGGAUAGCUUCGGCGAUAGAUGGCAACAACCAUAUAAUGCCGGUGGCUUUUGCGCUCGUGGAAUCCGAAUCCAUUGCCAGUUUUGAAUAUUUCCUGGGUCAUCUCCGAGAUCAAGUCUUACGCAAUCGCAAGGUUGCCAUCGUUUCUGAUCGUGCUCCCGGAUUAAUUUCCGUUUUGAAACGUCCGGAGUGGGACGACGUCGAUCACUUUUUCUGCAUAAGGCAUUUAAUGGCCAAUUUCCACUCUUUAAUCGGAAAUAGGGAGUUGAAGGACUUGGCUGAGAAAGCGGGUCGGGCCUUUCAAGAGAAGAAGUACGACGCAUGCAUUGAGAGCAUGAGGAUGAGAUCGGCAGCAGGGCAUGCAUACUUGACCAACACAGAACAUUUGAGACCCGAGCAGUGGACUAUGUGUCAUGACAAAAAAGGGCAACGAAACGGGAUUAUGACAACGAACUACGCCGAGUCCGUUAAUGCGAUGCUGAAGAAUAUAAGGGGCCUUCCUAUCACAGCAAUGAUAGAGGCUAUCUUUGACAAGUUCAGUGAUACGUUUGUCCGGCGUUGGGACAUGUAUAAAGACCUAAUCGCCAAAGGCGUCAUGUUUACUCCGAUCUGCAUCGCGCACAUCAAAAAGGCAACGCUAAAGGCCCGCUACCAUACUUGCAAGAAAUGUAACUCGGACAGCAUGACUUGCAGGGUGACCACCAAGAAGGACAAUCAGCGGAAUAAGGGAGGAAAUAUUCAGAAGGUCAACCUUAAAAAAAGGAGGUGCUCGUGCGGAAAGUUUCAACACCGUAAAUUACCCUGCUCCCAUGCCAUGGCAGUCAUUCACGAUCAGAAGUUGAACCCCACGACUUCAUCGGGUGGCGCUAUAGAACCGAGAAUGCCAUUCAAGUCUGGAAUACUCCGUUUAAACAGUUACCUGACGGCAAGAUGUGGAUUGCUUCUCGGGAGAUACCUUUCAUCCCAGAUGUUAACAGGAUAAGAGCGAAGGGGCGACCGGUAAACAGACGGAUCAGGAAUGACAUGGACCAGACCUAUAGGGAGGACAAUAGCCCUAACUUUUGUAGUAGAUGUAGUAUUGCCGGUCACACUGCUUAAACUUGUACCAAUUACAGAGAUAUGUGAUACGUAAUUUUCAAUUUUCUUGUACUAGAAUGAUGUUAGAAGAAAAAAUUGAUGUUAUUUUAAUUAAUACUAAAUGAUGUUAUU